CCCUCCCACGCCUUCCUCCUCUUGUCUUCAGUUACCACUUCAUUGGCAACCGUUCCGGGCUUCCCUCUCGUCUUGUUCCUCCCCCUCUUUCCCCCUGCAAAGGACCCCCGUUAGUUCCCCCAUUUUUUACCUGCACGGAGGACUCCCGAGAGCUUCUCCCUCCAUCCAGUUUGCUGCAUACAGAUCGUCAAGAAAAGAGAACUGUUCUUCAGGAGGUGAACCAUGAGGACCAGGAAUCCGACAAUGUCAAAGUCAUCGUCAUGGCCCAAGACGAAGACGGUGGUGAAGAAAUGGCUCAACCUCAAGAGCUCAGAGUUCCAUUCGGACUGCAUCAACGAGAGCUUUGGAGGCCAGCAUCAGGUGAUGAGGAGGAGCUGCUCCGACGACAGAGAUGGCAGCCUUCUCACGCAGACAGACCUGUCAGGUGGCUGGCUGGUGGAGAGCUCUGAGAACCUGCGGCCACCUCCUCCUCCUCCCCGGUAUGGCUCCCCGGCGCCGACCCCGUCGUGGAGGCCUCCCAAGGAACUCAGGAUGUUCGUUGGGACAUGGAACGUAGGAGGGCGAGCGCCGCAUGGAGGGCUAGAUCUCUCCGACUGGCUCAUCGACGGCUCUGCUUCCUCCUCUCCUCACAUCUACGUUCUUGGCUUCCAGGAGAUCGUGCCGCUGAACGCCGGGAACGUGCUCGGCGCCGAGGACAAGGGCCCCGCCUGCCAGUGGCUGGACCUCAUCCGGCGAGCACUGAACCCGGAGAGCAGAGGCAGCCACGGCCUCCUCCCCUUGGACUCCCUCCAGAAAGGCCGGGUGAGCUUCUCGGACCUGCUGGCCGCGGAGGACAGCAGGCUGAGCGCGGCGUCGGAGCUGGACGACGACGCCAGCGAGCUGUCCACGUCGAACCAGGAGUCGAGCAGCGAGGAGGAGUCCGGCGACUUCGGCGGCGCGGCGCGGCGGCUGCGCGGGCACGGCUACCGUCUGGCCGCCAGCAAGCAGAUGGUCGGCAUCUUCCUCUGCGUCUGGGUCCGGGCCGACCUCCUGCCCUGUGUCACCAGCCUCAGGGUCUCGUGCGUCGGCAGGGGCAUCAUGGGCUACAUGGGGAACAAGGGCUCCAUCUCGGUGAGCCUGACGCUGCAAGGCGGCGCGUCGCUGUGCUUCGUGUGCACGCACCUGGCGUCCGGCGAGAAGGACGGCGACGAGGUGCGGCGGAACAGCGACGUCGCCGAGAUCCUCAAGCGGACGAGGUUCGUGCCGAGUCCACCACUCCGCUUCUCCUGGCCGCCGCCGGCGCUGUCGCCGGAGACCAUCCUGGAGCACGACAAGGUGAUAUGGCUCGGCGACCUCAACUACCGGCUGACGAGCGGCGGCGGCGGCCGCGAGACGCGGGAGCUGCUGGAGCGGCACGACUGGCAGGCGCUCCUGGAGCGGGACCAGCUGCGGACGGAGCAGCGGGCCGGGCGCGUGUUCGCCGGGUGGGAGGAAGGCCGCAUCCGCUUCCCGCCCACGUACAAGUACCUGGCCGAGUCCGACGCCUACGCCAUGAGCCUCGGCGCCUCCGGCUCCCGGGAGAAGAAGCGCACGCCGGCAUGGUGCGACCGCAUCCUGUGGCGCGGCGAGGGGAUGCACCAGCACUGGUACGCGCGCGGCGAGUCCCGCUUCUCCGACCACCGCCCCGUCAGCUGCCUCUUCUCCGCGCGGCUCCACGCCGACGGUAGCAAGCAGCCGGCGGCGCUGCGGGGGAACGGCGCCGCCGCCCGCUUCCGGCGGCGCGGCACCAUGCCGCCCAGCAGGGCCGCCGCGGCGGUGGCCGCGCCGCGCGGCGCGGUUGUGGAGGCGGAGGAGAUGCUCCUCGUCCCGCGGGCCAGCUGCCCGCACUCCUCGAGGUUCUGACGCGCGCGCGCAUGCAUCGCGGACACUGGCAGCGAUCGAGGCGAUGCCAGCGUGGACGCGGCGGCGCACGGGCAUGCAUGCCACCGGGCACCGGCCGCCGCGGGUGAGACGGAGACGAGCUGCGAGCCCGAGGCCCGGAAAGGGUAGAGCAGCCGUGUGCGUCCUCAUGAUUGGGCGCGGGGCGCCAUUGGGCAUGGGCGGCGACAGCGACAGUUCAGGGCGUGCGCGCGGUGGCGACCGGCGAGGAAGACAUUCUCCUCGGGAACGCGCAGGUUUUUCAGGGUGUCUUCUUGGAAAGAAUGUUCUUUCUUGCUAG